AUGGCACACGGAUCGGGAUGGAUGCACGGCCUCGUCAAGGCCGUGCCGAGCGGUGACUGCGUGGUCGUCAUGGGCAACGCCGCGCAGGGCGGACCUCCUCCGGAAAAGACCAUAACCCUCGCGUCGCUCGUGGCUCCCCGCAUGGCCCGACGGGACGGCAGGGACGAGCCCUUCGCGUUCGCGUCGCGCGAGUUCCUCCGCCGACUCCUCAUCGGCAAGCAGGUCAAGUUCCGCGUCGAGUACGCGGUCCAAUCCAUCGGACGAGAGUUUGGCCAAGUCUACGUCGGCGACGUCAACGCCGCCGUCGAAUCCGUCGCCAACGGAUGGGCCAAGGUGCGCGUCGGGGGCGGGGACCAGGCGUCCAACCACGAGGACCUCGUCGCCGCCGAGUCCGCGGCGCAAGCCGCCGCCAUCGGCGUGUGGACCAAAGAUCCGACACAGCUGGCGACGGCGGUGCGAAUCGUACCCCACGCGUUUGAUCCAAACUCUCUCCUCCCGACGAUGAAGGGCCGACCGGUGCCGUGCGUCGUGGAGGCGGUGUUGAACGGCGCCGCGCUGAGGGUGCAGCUCAUGACGGACGGGACGGAGACGCGGCACGCGACGUGCGUGGUGUUUCUCGCGGGGGUCCAGGCGCCGGCGAUGAAAUCUUCGCGAAGGAAUCAUCUCUCGGACGACGCGGGUGCCGGCGGGGACGCGACGUCCGCCGCGACCGACGCGCCGAACGGAGCGGCGGACGCCAAGCCCGAGCCGUUCGCGCGCGAGGCGAAGCACUUCACCGAGGUUCGCCUGCUCAACCGCGACGUGCACAUCGUCCCGGAGGGAACCGACAAGUACGACAACCUCUUUUGCACGGUGCGAAUUCCCGGGGAUGGCGCCGACCUCGCCGAAGCUCUCGCCGGUAAUGGCCUCGCGCGAUGCGUGGACUGGUCCCUGUCCAUGAUCACCGCAGGCGCGUCCAAGCUCCGGGCCGCGGAAAAGGCGGCGAAGGCGCACAGGCGGUGCGUGUGGCGCGAUUACGUGGCGCCGCCGCCCAACCCGAACUCCCUCGUCGGUAAAAAUUUCGUCGGCGUCGUCGUCGAGGCGGCGUCUGGGGAUUCCAUCGUCGUCGCCGACGCCGAGACUGGGGUGGAGCGACGGGUGACGCUAUCCUCGAUCCGCGCCCCGAAGCUCGGCAACGAGCGACGCGGGAUCAAGCCCGAGCCGUGGGCACACGAGGCGAAGGAGUUUCUCCGCGUGCGGUGCGUCGGUAAAUCGGUGAAGGUGUCGAUGGAGUACGUGCGCAAGAUUCCGACCGCGAACGGGGGCACCGCGGGUGGCGCCGGCGCCGAAGCGCCGGGCAUCACGCUCGAGAUGGGCACGGUGAUGCUCCCGACGGAUCAGCUCAAGGGGGAGGACGGAUCCGCCGCGACGAACGACACGGGCGUCGCCGAGCUCAACGUCGCCGAGAUGCUCGUCUUGCGCGGCCUCGCCACCGUCGUCAGGCACCGAAACGACGACGACGAGCGCUCGCUGCGGUACGACGACUUGGUCCAGGCGGAACAGCGGGCGAUAAAGGGCAAGAAAGGGGUCCAGAACAAGGACAAACCCGCGCCGGUGCACCACGUCAACGACGUAUCCACCAACGCCCAAAAGUCGCGACAGAUUUUACCGUUUUUGCAAAGAGCCGGGCGAUCCCACGCCAUCGUCGACUACGUCCUCAGCGGACACAGGCUCAAGCUCUCGGUUCCCAAGGAGGGCGCCAUCGUCGCCUUUGCCAUCGCCGGCGUCAGGUGCCCGAGGGGCGACGAGCCCGGCGCCGCGGAGGCGUAUCGAUUUGUCCGCCAUACGCUUUGCCAACGCGACUGCGAAAUCGAGGUGGAAGCCGUGGACAAGGUGGGCACCUUUCUCGGCACCCUGACGUACGGCAAAGGUAACGCUAAGGCCCCGACCGUUUUAAACCUCGGCGUCGAGCUCCUCCGCCGGGGACUCGGCACGCUGCACGACUCGUACGAUCCCCGAGGACGUGCAAACGGCGAAGCUCUUGUUCUUGCCCAAGACGCUGCGAAGAGCGCUCGAGUUGGACUCUGCGAGUUGGGCGUCACCGAGGUCGUCGGCGCGGGGAGGUUCUUCUGCCAGCGCGCGACGGGUGGCGACCGCGCGGCGUGGCUCCACUCGCAGCUGCAGACGCUCUCGCCGAACGUGUCGCGCGUGGGAUUCGAACCCAGGAAGGGAACCCUGGUCGCGGGACGCUUCACCGGCGACGACGAGUGGUACCGCGCCGUCGUGACGUCGGUCGAAGGCCAGCGGGGAACGGCGAACGAAACGUACGCGGUGCACUACCGAGACUUCGGCAACGGCGAGCGUUUACCCCGCGAACGCCUCGCGCCGCUUCCGCCCGAGCUCGCGUCCACGCCCCCGCUCGCGCACCUCUGCGUCCUCUCGCACGUCGCAAUCGCCGCAGGGGAACGAUCGAGGGACGCCGAGGCUCUGUUCGCGUCGCUAGUGUCCGGCGGCGGCGCGAUGGACGCGAGGAUCGACCGACGGCUAAGAGCGCCGGAUGCGCCGUGGGACCCGGACGCGUCCCCGGAGUGGCACGGUGCCGAGAGUGAUCAAUCGGUCAACGCCGCGAUGGUCGCCGCGGGUCUCGCUCGGGUCGAUCGACGCUCGGCGAAGGACCCGAGCGCGACGCAUCUUCUCGACGCGCAGGAGCGCGCGAGACGCGAACGACGCGGGAUGUGGGAGUACGGCGACGUCGACUCCGACGACGACGAGGAGGAGAGGCCCAAGGCGCCCGGCGCGUGGGGCCGAAGGCGGUGA